GUACCCACGUACACCUGAUGCUGGCUAGAGCUUUUGGGGUGCUGAAGGGAAGACCCUCAAUGUUUUUGACGACUCUCAGUUUCCGUGAAAGGUUCUGGGUUGACGGGAGAGGAAGUUCCAUCACAGAUCAGGCUUUGACCGUCUGUCCCUCACCCAAGGGGCAUAGGGGUCUCCCCAUGCGCAGAAACUCACCGGAACCUAGUUUGCCUGGAGGAACUUGGAGUUGAAUUCCAUGGUAAACUGGGCCCCUCGGUGGCUUGGUGUGCGGGUACCUCCCUCUUGGAAGGAGGCUGUGGGGUGGAUAAAGGCGUUUAUCUUUCCUUGGAGACGCUCCCGGAGUCCGGGAGCUGAGCCGGGUGCCACCCCCUCGCGUCUCCACCUCUGUGUUCCUGGGGCAGUGCCGCGCCCGCCCGACUUUUUUUUUUUAAGAGCAUGAACCCGGCAGAGCUGCGGGAGGGUCCCCUGGCCUAAACCUGGGCAGAAUUUCUCCACCCUAGCACGGCCCCGGAGAGGGGUUAGACUCUGUCGGCCUGAACCCAUGAGAUGAGGGCUGGUGGCUGGAACGCUGGGGACGCUCUCAGGCUUCCGGGAAGGCUUAUCUUGAGCAGACAUCCUCAAGGUCUUGGAAUUAAACUUUGUGAAGGUGGUAUCUGAUGCUGCAGGACAAGGCGUGGCCAUCACAGGGAACCAGACCUUCAACAACUGGAACUGGCCCAAUGCAAUGAUUUUUGCAGCCACCGUCAUCACCACCAUUGGCUACGGCAAUGUGGCUCCCAAGACCCCCGCCGGUCGCCUCUUUUGCGUCUUCUAUGGUCUCUUUGGGGUGCCGCUCUGCCUUACGUGGAUCAGUGCCUUGGGCAAGUUCUUCGGGGGACGUGCCAAGAGGCUGGGCCAGUUCCUUACUAAGAGAGGCGUGAGCCUGCGGAAGGCGCAGAUCACGUGCACAGCCAUCUUUAUCCUGUGGGGCGUCCUGGUCCACCUGGUGAUCCCGCCCUUCGUGUUCAUGGUGACCGAGGAGUGGGACUACAUCGAAGGCCUGUACUACUCUUUCAUCACCAUCUCCACCAUCGGCUUUGGUGACUUUGUGGCAGGUGUGAACCCCAGCGCCAACUACCACGCCCUGUACCGCUACUUUGUGGAGCUCUGGAUCUAUCUGGGGUUGGCCUGGCUGUCUCUCUUUGUCAACUGGAAGGUGAGCAUGUUUGUGGAAGUCCACAAGGCCAUUAAGAAGCGGCGGCGGCGGCGGAAGGAGUCCUUUGAGAGCUCCCCCCACUCCAGGACAGCCCUGCAGGUGGCAGGGAGUGGGGCCUCCAAAGACGUCAACAUCUUUAGCUUUCUGUCCAAGAAGGAGGAGACCUACAAUGAUCUCAUCAAGCAGAUUGGGAAGAAGGCCAUGAAGACGACCAGCAGGGGUGGGGAGAGGGGCCCGGGCCCGGGGCGGGGGACUCAGGACAGCGGGCUGCCAGCCAUCCCUCCUUCCUUGGUGCCCCUGGUGGUCUACUCUAAGAACCGGGUACCCAGCUUGGAAGAGGUGUCACAGACACUGAGGAGCAAAGGCCAUGUGUCGAAGACACCCAGCGAGGAGGCUGUGACACGGACCCCUGAGGAGGGCUCCCCCACCUCUGAGGUGUUUAUUAACCAGCUGGACCGCAUCAGCGAGGAGGGAGAGCCCUGGGACGCCCAGGACUACCACCCACUCAUCUCCCAGAAUGCCAACAUCACCUUCGUGAAUGAGGAGGCCGGCCUCUCAGAUGAGGAGACCUCCAAGUCCUCGCUGGAGGACAACUUGGCAGAGGAGGAGAGGCCCGAGCAGAGGCCUGAAGCUGAAGUGCCCUUGAACUUGGGCGAGUUCCCCUCCUCAGACGAGUCCACCUUCACCAGCACUGAGUCCGAGCUCUCUGUGCCAUACGAGCAGCUGAUGAACGAGUAUAAUAAGGCGAACAGCCCCAAAGGCACAUGAGGCGGGGCCGGCUCCCCACUCCACCUUCGACGGUUUCUUCCCCCUCACCCAGGGUGUCCUGUCAUGGCCGCGACCCCUGGCCCCUGGUGGGGGGCAGGCCUGGAACUGGGAGUGGGGGGCCAGGGGCCUCUUACCUUCAUCCCCUCCAGCUAGAUGCUACUGAUGGCAAUGGCGGCCGCCUAGGACAGGGCCUCUGUGCUGCAGAGUGGUGCCCUGGCCGUGGGGGCAUCUGUCCUGAGCUUGGCUGGUGCAUGUGAUGAUUUGAAGAUCUGCAGGCUGGUGGGACAGGCAGGCGGGACUGACCCCAAGGAGGCCUGUGCCUGCAUGGAUCUUUGCCCCAUCAUUUGGUUGAAUGUCACGGUUCUCUGAGGCCAACGCCUCAGCUAUUUGGGUUCACCAGUAUUACUGAGCAACUUGCGUGGGCCUAGCACUGAACCAGACAUUUUGGAGAGAGAGAUGGGAUAUGCCAGACCCAGUUCUGCCUUUUGGAGCUCUAAAGUAUUUGGGGACAUAGAACUGUGAUAUGGGGGCUGGGCAUUUCAGUGCCUCAGCAGUAGCAGGACCUGUCCCCCAUCCCUCUUGGGAGCCUACCUGCAAGGCUGUCCUGCCAAGUGCAAUAGGGUGGAGACUGCUUGGGGAAGGAGGAAGGGAGGAGAUCGUGGGCAGGGGCUGAAACUGUCCUGAUUUGAAGGACCUGGAACAAGCCCAUUGUGGGCCCAGGGUCCCAGCCCCCCAUGAGGUCUGCCUAUCUCAGAGCCCUAUUCCCUGUCUCAGACCAAGUGAUGGCAGAUGCAAGGCUUUCUGCCCCACUGUCCCUGAGUAGUAAGAGGAAGGGGAGUGGCAGAGCGUGGCCCACCAGAAGUUGGGCCUCAUGGUGCUGGUGGAUAGGGAGCUACAGGCCCAGCUCUGGUUCUUCUGCCUUCACCCUUCUGGCUCCCUGUAGAAGUGCGUGGCCCAGCCCCUGGUCUUAGGACCCACACUCCCCAUUCUGCUCUCUCCUCCUUCCAUGUCUCCAGAACAAGGACCUCACUGUCCCUUUCCUCCCCACCCUCCCACGGGCCGGGUGGGGUGAGGCCAAAUUGCUGUUGGCUCACAAAUGGGCAGCAGCCAAAUAUGUGAAUCAAGCUCUUCUCUCCAGCUACUGUUCAUUGUGUGUGCAUGCGUGUGCAUGUGUGUGCAUGUGCGUGUGGAAAGGGUUUGCGUUGGGGACCAAAAGAUAAUGUGGAGCUGUCCACAGACUGUGUUUCUACUGAGGGUGGGCAGCCUUGCUGCUGCCGAAGUCCUUGGGGUCUCCAUGAUGCUCACCCUGGGCCCGGCCCUGCUGUCCUGAAUGUUUUUGUUAUUUUUUAAAAAUGAACUGCUGUUUUUAUAUACUUGGAAUCAGUUGUUGCCUUCAGAGCCAGUGGUUAAAGCACAGGAUCCUAAGCAUCGUGACAUCCAGUGUCCACACUAUGGGCUUUCCCUGGUGAUCUCUGCUAAGGCCAUGACAUCACAGGCCAAGUCCCCAUGCAGAGCUGUGGAGGGACACUGGUCAGCAAAUGAGCCAAGGGUGGGGGAAUCUGUCAAGGUGACUGGAUGCUGGGCAGGGGCAGGUGACCACAGCUUCGAAGGCCCUCUCUGAUGCUGUGCUGUCUUCCCUCCACUGUAGGGGCAGAUGGGGCCACCCCUCUCCAAACAUGUGAAGACUGUUGGGCAUUGUGUCCACACCAACCUACCCUCUAACCCAGGGGUCCUCAAACUUUUUAAACAGUGGGCCAGUUCACUGUCCCUCAGACUGUUGGAGGGUCGGACUGCGGGCCCUGGGACGAGUCGGCUGCUAAGCAGGGUAGGCAGCAGCAUCAAAAACACCCAGCAGGCUGGAUAAAUGUCCUUGGUUGCCUGCGGGCCAUAGUUUGAGGACGCCUGCUCUGACCAUUGUGGAUCCUGCUGCCCUGGCAGGGGGCUGGGAAGGCGAGUGACCUUGUAUUUUUCUGUGAAUUGUUUUAAUGAGCUUGUUGGCUGUCCUUGAAUGGCACACACUGUAUGUACAUACUGGCAAUGAUGGCAAAUGUAAUUUAUUUUAACAUUUUUUACAAUAAAACAUGAGGUGGAUAGGCCA